ACUUCCGAUAACAGUAAACAACGUCAUUUCCUUCUUCUCCGUAACAAAACUGUAAUUCAUUCCCGUUUAUGUGAGUGAUCCCGCUGUAUAGAACUUGUAUUUAUCAUAAAAUAUUUACAUUUUAUGUUUUAGAAUUGUGUAUAAUAUAAAUAAAUAUUCUAUAUAGUUAGAAUUUCACUGUUAAUUUUAUUGAAAGUGAUUUUAUCUAAGGAUUAAAAGUGAAUAUGUAUACGAGAAGCAGACAAAGUCAAGGCUAUGCCAAUGCAAGGAACCAAAAUAACCCAACUUUAAACUACCAAGGUCAAAAUGCUUAUAAUCAAGGAGGCUUCCAAGGUUCCCAACCCGCUUCUAAUCAGCAGAGCAAUUAUAAACAAGGAAGUGCACAAAACGUACAAGCGUUUAAGCAACAACAACAACAACAAAUUCCAUCAAGAAAUUUACAACAAGGGAAAUCCCAACCGCAACAGCAACAACAACAGCAGCAGCAGCAGCAGCAGCAGCAACAACAACCACCUCCACCACCGCCACAGCAACAAAUAAAACAACCACAACAGCCUAUUACAAGUUCAUCUCAAAUUCAAUCGCAACCUCAAUCUCAACCUCAACCUCAACCAGUUCCACAACCACAAUCUCAACAACAUCAACAACAAUCACAGUCUCAGACUCCAACACAACUUCAAUCUCCAGCCCUACUUCAACGAUUGAAGCCAAUUUUGAAACAAAUAUCCCAUACACAGCAGCAGGCUACACCAGCUGUGCAAAGUAAUCCUGUUCCAUCUUCUCAACCACCAAUACCUACUCCAAUACCUCCAACAUCUAAUUCUAGUCCUACGGCACCAUUAACAAAUAAUGCGUCUGAAACAAAGAGUGAGAGUCAAGCAUCUGAGAAUACUGAUGCUGAAAUGCAAGAACAACAACCAAGAUGGAGACGCAAAUUACCUGGGUUUAGAGUAAAUAAACGACUCAAGCGACUUCGUUUGAAUCAACGUUUAAGGAAAACGUUGCAACCAAAAAAUGCAAUUAUGGUACUAAAUGAAAUGAAAGCUGGGGUACAGUUUACAUUUCCUGAAACUCAGGGAAUGCCGAAUUCACUUUAUCUUGUUCAUGCAGAGCUUGACGGAAAAACCUAUGUUGGACAAGGAUUGUCUAAGCCACUUGCUCGACAAAAUGCCGCGGAAAAUGCAUUGAAAGCUUUAUUACUUGAAAAAAUGACAGCAGCAUCUCUUAAAGCACGUAUUGAUGCUGAAUCAGAUGGACUAAAUCAAUCAACAGAUUCAUCGAGCGUAUCGAAGGAUGAUAAUAAUGAAGAAGGUGGAACACCUAUGGACACUACUGUUGAUGAGAGUGAUGAAAUUCCAUGGAGUUCUUUGGCUAGUUUUGCAUUAUAUAAGCUUUUCCUGGAGUGGCAUAAUCAAGGAACAUCAGUCCCCGUUUCAAGACCUGGAUUACCAUCUCCUGUUAAAGGAGUUAAAAAAGAAAUCGCUCAUGUUCCAAAGACUCCAGUUCAGAAAGAACUCCCACCGAAUGCUACAAACAUACACCCUGUAAUGUUAUUAAACCAAAUGAGACCAGGUUUAACAUACGUAGAAUUGAAUCGCGUUGGUAAUCCACCAAACACAAUGUUUACUCUUGCUGUAGAAAUUGACGGUAUUGAAUACACAGGAACAGCAAAAAACAAAAAAGAUGCCAAGAAAAUAGCUGCGAAAGCAGCACUGUUAGCCUUGUAUGGUUUAAGCUACCCAGAUGAAACUAAGUCAGUUCUGCAAGAUAUUACAAUGGCUUAAAAUAACAACAUUUGAACAAAAUUAAUAAUUUGAAUUUUAAUUUGAUCACUUCGAUUUAUAUAUAUUGUGUGAAUUACUGCGUAUUGCAGAAGAGAUUCUAAAACUCGAAUAACCUGCAAUAAUAACAUAAGAACUUUUCAAUUUAUAUUUAUAAAUAUAUAGAAUUCAUGUACACAUAUAUCUAUAUGUAUAAUAUUCAUUGUCUAUAAUAUUAAAUAUUUAAAGAGUAUUCUUUCUUAUAAAUGACAUGUUAUGUCUAAAUAAUGAUAAUGUGUUUAAAUGGUUAUCUCUUUUAUUAAAUGUAACAUCUUAUAUAAGAUUCUAGUAACAUAGCAAAAAUGUUUAAAACAAAAGUUUAUUGAUAUUAAUUGAAAAAGUGGUUGAUAUCAACAAAAUUUUUAAAGUAUCUUCCAUGUGUAAAAAGUAAAUGUUCUUACACUAAAUAGAAAGAUAAAUUCAGUAAUACAACUGAGGCCAAAUAUGCAUUAUUUUAAUUAUUUCUUUAACCCACUCACGCAGAAAAACGAGUCAGACUCGUGUUAUACAAAAUGAGUGCUGCACGAAUGGGUUAAAUAGUUUAAUUUGUACCUAAUGUACAAAUCAGAUAAAAAUUGCAUGCUUUCUAACUUUGGAUUAUAUCAAUAAAUUCAUCAUUUUAUUUCAAUGAACUUUUGAUUAAAAUACUUUUUGUUAUGUUACUAGAUCUAAUUCGACUGACUCAUAGUUCAGUUUGUAUCCAUUAAUACUUUGACCGCCACGUUAC